UCCACAGGUUUUUCUUGAAGAGGAACACCUGAGAGCGGCAGACUAGAGACAAAGAGAAGUGAAAGAGGAACAACUAAAAGGGAGGCUGAAGUCUAUGUCAGAUGUGGAUAUGGCCAGGUUGGAUGUUACAGAGACUUUUCAUGGUAUCUCUUUUCCAGGACACCUGCACACACAGGAAUCUUUACAGCAUGCUAUGAAGUUCCAAUUUCAAGACACGGAUAUCCUCAUCGUUUCUUAUCCGAAGUCAGGGACCACAUGGAUGCAGGAAAUUGUGACCCUGACACUCAGCCGGGGGGACCCACACUUGUCCCGGACUGUACCAAACUGGACCCGCGCUCCAUGGCUGGAGCAGUACUACUGUGCUGCUACGCUGAAGGCUUCGCCCACCACACCUCGAGUCAUCACAACACACCUGCCGCAUCACCUGCUGGGCCCUGCCCUCCAGGGCUCCAAAGCCAGGGUGAUUUACGUGAGCAGAAACCCAAAAGAUGUCGUGGUCUCAUUCUAUCACUUCCACAAAGUGGCCAACUUUCUUCCAGAGGCUGGCUCAUUUCCAGAGUUUUUAACUCGCUUCUUGGAGGGCAAAUUGGACUUUGGCUCCUGGUUUGAGCACAUCAAAGGCUGGACUGCUCAGGAAGGAGCUCUCAAUCUGCUCCACAUCACCUUUGAACAAAUGUCAAUGGACCUCCGGGGCUCCAUCGAGAAGGUUGGCGUGUUCCUGCAGUGUGGUCUGCAGGAGGAGGAACUGAGCAGCUGUGUGGAGCACAGCAGAUUCAGCAGCAUGAAAGACAACAAGAUGAUCAAUUACAGUCUUGUUCCUGAGGAGAUAAUAGAUCACAAAAAGGGCUCCUUCAUGAGAAAAGGUCAGAUUGGAGACUGGAGAAGCCUGUUCACUGAGGAACUUGAUCAAUAUUUUGAGAGAAUCUUCACCUCCAAAAUGCUGGGCUGUAAUUUGGAGUUUGUGUGGGAGAAUGUGGAGGAAGAAGAGUCACACUCCUGAAGGCAAUCUGAAGAUGAAGACAGAGCAAAGAAAAAUCAUGUUGUUCCUUCUCCUGAGCUCAAGACCUGAUUAAACAUGAUGGUAAAGUUUG